AGAGCAGCCGCCGUGCGGGCACCGAGUGCGCCCCGGCCCCGCCGCAGCCCGAGCCCCGGGCGGCCGCGGCUGCUAUGCGGCUUCGCGGCGCACGGCCUGCACCGGGUUUGCACCCACGCCUGCGGGAAGCUGAGCCGUCCGAGGACUAGGGACGCGUGGCCCCAAGCAGGGGGGACGCUGCGUUGACCCCGAGGCUGCGGCCGCCUGGAAGGUGCCCGGUCAGCGAGGGAGGGGGCGAUGCGCCGGGCUGCCGCCACUGCCUGUUGAGCCCGCGGAGGUUUCAGCGCCUGCCGGCAGCAGCACCCUGACCCCGACGAGCGGCCCCGUGCCCGCAGCUCCUGCCGGAGCCCUCGAGAGAAGGAGACAUCGGGGCGAGGCUGAGGGGGGUCGGGGGGCACAUCCUUCUGCCCUGACCCGGCGGCGAUUCCUGCCCUGACACCCCAACGGUGCUGUGGACCCUCCGCUGCCCUCGGCAUCCCCCCCCCCGCCGCCAGCGCUGCCCAGCCUUGGCCUCCAGCCCCGCUGGAGCACGGCAGCCUGCCGGGCGCUGCCCCCCGCGCCUCCCGGGCGCUGCCCCCCGGGUGCAUCGCCUCCUGCCCCGCCGGGGACCCGCCGGCCGCCAGCAGAGCCAUGAAGCUGCAGGCGGUGAUGGAGAACCUGCAGCGGCAGCAGCGCGCGCGGCUGCAGCAGGCGCUGGAAGCGCGGCAGCAGGAGCAGCAGCAGCAGCAGCAGCAGCAGCGCUCCACGUCCCCCCCGGCGCAGCCCCCGCCGACCCCGGGGCAGCCUCCCACCAGCACCCCGGCCCGGAGCCGCGGGCAGGAUCCGGCCCCAGCACCCUCGGAGGAAGGAGCGGAGCCCGAGAGCGCGCACAUCCAGCGGGCGCAGAUGGCUGCCCUGGCUGCCAUGCGGGCGGCAGCCGCCGGCCUCAGCCACUCGUCCAGCCCGGGGCUGUCAGAUGAGAGUCAGGCCUCCGAGGAGGAGGAGGAGGAGGAGGAGGAGGAGCGCGGCGAGGAGGAGGAGGAUGGCGGGUACCAGCAGGAGAUGGGCUCUGAGGAGGAAGAGGAGGAUCUGAAGGGCAAGUGGGAUGAAGAUGACUUUGAAGAGGACCUGGGCGAGGAGGAGGAGGAAGAGGAAGAAGAGGAGGAGGAGGACGAGGAAGACUAUGAAGAAGAGGAGGACAUGGGAGAGGAAGGGCUCGGCUCAGCAGAGGUGGUGCGGGCGGGCGCGGGAUCCUUACUGCUCCGCAAGCCCCCAGCACCCCAGCACUACCGUGGCGAGCCGCCGCGGGCGCCGGGCGGGCAGGAGCGGCUCCCCUCCGGACUGGGCCACGUGCAGCCCCCGCCACCGGCACCCGACCACGGCGACUGGACCUACGAGGAGCAGUUCAAGCAACUCUACGAGCUGGACGGCGACCCCAGGAGGAAGGAGUUCCUGGACGACCUCUUCAGCUUCAUGCAGAAGCGAGGGACCCCCGUGAACCGGAUCCCCAUCAUGGCCAAGCAGGUGCUGGACCUGUACAUGCUGUACACGCUGGUGACGGAGAAGGGCGGCCUGGUGGAGGUCAUCAACAAGAAGCUGUGGCGGGAGAUCACCAAGGGACUGAACCUGCCCACCUCCAUCACCAGCGCUGCCUUCACCCUGCGCACCCAGUACAUGAAGUACCUGUACCCCUACGAAUGUGAGAAGCGAGGGCUGAGCAACCCCAACGAGCUGCAGGCGGCCAUCGACAGCAACCGGCGGGAGGGCCGCCGGCAGGGCUUCGGCAGCUCCCUCUUCACCUACUCGCCCGGCGGCACCCACGGCCUCCUCUCCUCGCCCAAGCUGCCGGUGCCGGCCCUGGGGCUGGCCUCCGCCACCAACGGCGGGUCCAUCGCUCCCGUCCAGAAGAUCAAGAAAGAGGAGGACUCCCCCAUCCCCAUCUCCAUGCCCAGCCGGCUCCCCGUCUCGCUGGCCGGUCACCCCGUGGUGGCAGCCCAGGCGGCCGCGGUGCAGGUGGCGGCGGCGGCCCAGGCCGCGGCGCUGGAGCAGCUGCGGGAGAAGCUGGAGUCGGGGGAGCCCCCGGAGAAGAAGAUGGCGCUGGUGACAGACGAGCAGCAGCGGCUGAUGCAGCGGGCGCUGCAGCAGAACCUCCUGGCCAUGACGGCCCAGCUGCCCAUGAGCAUCCGCAUCAACAGCCAGGGCACCCGCUCGCCAGAGAACCGCCAGGACUCCACCGCCGGGCUGAGCAGCAACGGCACCAACAGCAUCAGCAUGUCGGUUGAGAUCAACGGUAUCGUCUACACAGGUGUGCUGUUCGCCCAGACGCCCGGCCCUUCCUCUUCCUCCUCCUCCUCCUCCUCCUCGCUCCCCUCCUCUGCCUACAGCAAAGGCAACGGCGGCGGGGGCGGCAGCCGGAGCAGCGGUGGCAGUGGGGGGAGCGGUGGCGGCAGUGUCCCCCCCACGGCCGCGGCCAGCCUGGCCGUGCCCCCCAGCUCUACCUCCAACAACGCUUCGCCUUAACACCCCCGGCCCCCCGGCCCCCCCUCACCAGCUCCGGCAGCCGCGGCGGGGGGCAGAGCUCGCCCCUCCAGCCCUGGCCGGGGCGCAGGGGGCCGGGGUCUGGCCGGGGUCUCACCGGGCUCUGCCCUUGUUCUCGUGUUGUUGGGUUUUCCUUUGCGAGGAGAAAAGCUUUAGCCCGGGGGUUUUGCCAGAGCCGCCGGCUGUCCUGCUGCGCCGCGCCGGUCCGGGACCGUUUACCUCACUCACAUCACACUUUGCACUGUACAUUUAUUAUUAUUAUUAUUAUUAUUUUUUAACUCGUGUUACCUCCAGACAGACGCAUGGACGCCUGCCGACGCGAGCUUUAGUGAAACCCCCCGGCACUCUCUAAA